AAUUCUUCAAUUUUGACCAUAUUGGGUAGGUGCAGGCCUGGGAAUUUGCUGCGCUUGCCAUAUUUCACCUCUAAAAUCAUCUUCUUUUUCUUCUCCAGCUUACUUUGUCGUGUUUUGUUUUGUUUUUUGUCUAGUCAUAUUUUCUUUGUUCUUUGCCCAUGGUAUAUCUUCCUAUCCUGGAGGAUCUGUCCCUUGUGCAGCACUGAAAACAGGUUGCAUCCUGUCUUAGCAACCAUUACCUUACCGCCAUGAACAUAUCGACCUCGGCUGCGGCGCGUCGGAUGACGCAAAGGGCUGCUUGCUCUGCAUGCCGUAGUGUCGAGCUAGCCUGUCUGACAAGAAACGUAGCACGUUUCCCCCCUACUGGCAGCUGUCAACUCAUCAUCAGCAGAAGGUCUUUGUCCGUCUCCCGGCAUUUAGCAGAAGCAAAGCCCGUGGCCUUCAAACGUCAUGGUCUGCUUCCUCAGCUUCAAACGCAAGAGCAUGCUCGGCAAUCUGGGUCUGGCCUCGACAAGCAACGGCGCACCGCCUACAUUGCCCUUGGAAGUAACAUGGGCGAUCGCAUAGCUAUGAUUGAACAGGCGUGCAAUGAGAUGGAUGCGCGUGGUAUAUGUGUGAAGCGAACCAGCAGCCUAUGGGAAACGGAGCCCAUGUAUGUCCUCGAACAGGGACGCUUUGUCAAUGGAGUCUGCGCGGUAGAAACGAGCCUGGAGCCAUUGGCUCUUCUUGACCAGCUGCAGGAUAUCGAAAACUCCAUGGGACGCCAAAAAGUCAUUGACAAGGGCCCGCGGAACAUUGAUUUGGACAUUCUGCUCUACGAAGGCGUCAAGCUCAAGCAUGAUCGUCUUGAGAUACCUCACAAAGGUAUCCCAGAGCGAGAGUUUGUCCUGCGUCCCUUGACCGAACUCAUCCCAGACAAGGCUGUGGAUCCUGAUCGGCCGUGGAAACUUGCACAAGAUUACCUCAACGAACUACCUCUCUCUAGUCCACCCCUGACCACCCUGACGCCUCUCUCGCCUUCCAACCCGCCACUGCAGGCUGUCAAGCCCACCCGCAGGACACAUGUCAUGGCUAUACUCAAUGUUACUCCGGACUCUUUCUCUGACGGCGGAAAGCAUAACCCAAUCGAUCAAUCAUCGCUGAAGUCCACAGUCGAGGACUUGAUUAAAUCUGGUGCCACAAUAAUCGACGUCGGCGGUCAGUCGACAGCUCCUGGAGCCCCUGAGGUAUCGCUGGAGGAAGAACUAGCACGUGUCAUUCCAGCUGUCAAAGCCAUACGUGAAGUAUCUCGCGACCAUGGAUUGGACAGUGGACCAAGACGGAUUCUCAUCAGCGCAGACACUUACCGUGCCGCUGUUGCCGAGGCAGCAGUGUCUGCCGGUGCAGACAUCAUCAACGACGUAUCCGCUGGCGCCCUUGAUGCCGACAUGCUUCCCACAGUGGCCCGAUUGGGAGUCACGGUUUGUUUGAUGCACAUGCGCGGAACACCUGCAACUAUGAGCUCGCUGUCUAAUUAUGACGGUCCAUCUUCAUCCUCACCAGACCCGGAGUCAAAUGUAAACAGCACGGACGAGGGUGGUCUUAUACCCUCAGUGGCCAGAGAACUACUUGAUCGCGUCGCCGAGGCCGAGGCUGCUGGUAUCAGACGGUGGCGCAUCAUCCUUGACCCGGGCCUAGGAUUUGCCAAGGAACUGCCGGAGCAGAACCUUGAGAUUUUGCGGCGUUUAGAUGAGCUCCGUCUCUGGCCGGGGCUGGAAGGACUACCUUGGCUAGUUGGACCCAGCCGCAAACGCUUUGUCGGCACCAUAACAGGUGUUAAGAAGCCAGCCGACCGAGUUUGGGGCACUGCCGCCGCCGUAGCAGCUGCUGUGCAAGGUGGUGCCGAUGUAGUGCGUGUUCACGAUGUGCGCGAAAUGGCGCAGGUUGUCGCCAUGUCGGAUGCCAUUUGGAGGCAUGGCGGCUGCUCGAGCCGCGAUUCCUAGAGCUGUUCCUUAAAACGAGGUCACCCUUGGAUGAGAGUGGCUCUCUCUUGCCAGUAGAAGGCAUUUUACCAUGCAUACGCCGCCUUAUCUGGCGAAGUAUUUCGAGGCUUGCGGCCAACUGGAUCCGAAAUGAGCCACCAUAUAACCUAUCUACUGUAGUCCUUCCAGUGGCUUAUUCGAUGUCAUUUGUCACUUAUUCAUUGAAGGGACCUAUUUGGAGGCAGGAGCUCUCAAUUACGGUAGUCCGAAAAGCAACCAUGCAAACCCCCGAGACCCCGGAAUCAACCGCGUCAUACAGCGCCUGUCACAAAAGUCAAGACCACGCCAGUUCUACCUAUAGUAAUAUUGGCAUCCUCAUAAUAGUGUCGAUCAUCUUUGAAGCAGCGUAUCAGGUCAGAUACGGCAUUCGUCACCAGUAGGAUACGAGCUAGGUGAUGGAAAGCUGCCGGGGAAGGUCUACCGAUACGUGUAUACGGUGCGUACAUACGAAAAUACGGUAAAGUAUGCAGCCAAUUUCUACAGUUAGGGCGACGCCACUGCUCGGGCGCGCUGUCAUCAUAACAUAAUGACGAUGGCCACAACUACUGGUCUGGUCACUUGAUCGGCAUAUGGCUGAGAAGCAAUAAACAAAAAUGUAAGGCGGUGUCAUAGGACAUGACGAAUGUUAUUUUGCUGUGUGGUGCACUAGCAAGGAUUCAAUGCUUCUGGGCCGACGAUACUACCCCUCAUUUCACAGUAACCAGCAGGAAAGCGACCCGCCCACAGCUGGCACAAGCUCUGAAAAUCAGCCUGUCGACACUUGGCGAUCGAAGUACUCUCUGUUGAGACUUGAAAGUAUUUGAAUGUAUAGGCCGGGGUCUAUCUUUGUACCUAUACCCCCCCGUCUCACUUGUCGCCUGUGCCGGUAUCCCCCGCUGAUGCAGGAGGCCCACAGGGACCGUUCUGUCCUGCCUUGCCUGCGCCCCUCCCUUCUUGUGGGUUUUGCCGGGCUGUAGUCCCUUUUGGUGAAGAAGCAGCAGCAGCAUCGGCAACAGGGCCAGCAUCAGCGCAAACUCCAAGGCGAAACCCCAACAGCAUCAGCAGCAGCAGCGUACGAUCGAUGCUCCUUGUUGGAGAAGUCUGUCCUGUCGUGCGCACGAUACGAUACAUACCGACCGCCUCAUCGGAAUACGAGCGGGACCCACAGGUUUCUUGUUUAUUUUCGACUAGUGCGAGCGGAUUAGAAACCUUAAUUGAACCUCGUCGUCGCCCAUGGUCGGCAAACAGGAUUUUCUUCCUGGCACAGUCGAUUCAGUGAUUGUUUUGGAUCUAGUCUCUUUUUUUCGUCCAUACCUAUUUAGUAGUUCUUGGUGUGGACAUACUUCUUUCGCCCUCACAUGAGAAUAUGCUCCAGGACGCCUGCCCUCAUUCCGUCGAUCUCUCAGUAUACCUACAGCGGGAAAUAAUACUUGGUGGCUGCAACUCUAAGCCCGGACGAGCUUAC